AUGCGCCUCUCCAGCCGCAUGCGCUCUGGUAGUGGCUCACAACGACGCGAGAUCAUCGCAUCAUACUCCAAGGACUGGGCUCUGACCAUACUACUAGCUUCGGCAUUCUUCGCGUUGAAUAUCGUAUCCGGACACAAACGAGAGUUCUCAGUGGACGACCCUUCUCUACGCUACACCUUCGCUGUACAAGAGCGUGUGCCUAACUGGGCGCUAUACUUCAUCGCAUUCGUGUCCCCUCUCGUUCUCUCAUGGACCAUCAACUACUUCACUGUUCGCUAUUGGUGGGAUGCACACAGUAGUGCACUCGGAACUAUCCUUUCCUUGGGCAUCACUGGCGCCAUAACGCAGUUCGUGAAGCUUACCGUUGGAAGGCCUCGACCUGAUAUACUGGACCGCUGCAAUAUACCGUCAGACGCCACUGAUCCUCCGCAUAAACUUUCCAACGCGAGUAUAUGCAACCAAUCGAAUUGGCACCUCUUCGAAGAUGGCUUCCGCAGUUUUCCUAGUGGGCAUUCCAGUUUAUCAUUUGCCGGACUGGGCUUUCUGACCUUUUAUCUCAUGGGAAAGCUUCAUCUCUUCGAUCAGCGAGGUCAUGCUCCCAAGGCCUGGCUGGCGCUCGCACCUCUUUCAGCUGCUGCCCUGGUAGCCAUAUCCCGCACAAUGGAUAACCGACACCACUGGCAGGACGUUCUGGUUGGCUCGACGUUGGGCUUGCUCGUCUCCUACUUUUGCUACCGACAGUACUAUCCUUCACUCGCUUCAGUGGAUUCGCAUCGGCCUUUCGCUCCUCGCACAGAAGACACACAAGAACCGCCGUUGCUCCCGACUCACGGGUAUGCUCCUGCGCCAACAUACUAUAUUGAUGAGGAGGCUAGCGAAGAUGGGGAAGGCGCUACAGCGGCCCGUCCGGCAAGGGUGGAUAAUCCGUGGCGGCAAGGACAACAGCAAAGUGGCGAUGAGGUGUUGGUGUCGCCGCGCCGGUGA